AUGGCCAGCGAAGGCUUGCCUUACAUCGAUUUACAUUUUGAGGAUGUGCCCGAGCCGACAUGUGCUCUGCCCAGUUUCGCAGAGUUGGUGUUGCCUUGGGGAGGGCAGGACGGGGACUUCCCCGACUUCAAGGAAGUGGUUGCAGCCCUUUUCGUGCUGCUUCACAAGUAUAGCCACCAAGAAGAUUUGGCAUUGGGCCUCCUGAACGUCCAGGCGGGGCUGCCAAGAAGCUUACGAACCGUGAGGGUCACAGAGGUUUCUUCCUGUUCCUUCGAGGACUUGAAGGUCGCUGAGGGUGAGGCUGAAGCCACCGCCGAAUUUACCCAGGUCAUGGUUGGGGACGGAGACGCCCAGAAGGACGGGACGCAGUGCCGCGGCCGCGGGGCGCGGAGUGCUCUGCUCUCUGCCUCUGCGAGGUUUCGAGCUCAUGGUUUGCAGGUGCUCGGGGCCGGAUGGCAAGUUGAUAAAGAUGUACAAAGCUCUGAGGUGGCUCUGGCGGACGUCCUGCUUCUCGGAGAUCACCUCGGCCGCUUGCUCCAGCUGGGCCGUGGCUCUGAAUCGCGUGUCUGCGAGUGGGUGUGGACUUCGCAGGAAGAGGACCGGCAGGUCCUCGGAAGCUUUAACCUGACCACCACCACUUCCAGCUGCGAGACAUCAGUUCUGGACCUCGUUGCACGCGUGGCAGUGGACAUGCCUGCACGUUCUGCUGUGGUUCAGGACGGUGACAUGUUCUCUCCCCUGAGCUAUGCACAGCUGUGGUUGCUCGCCGGCCGCGUGGCGGUCGCGGUCGCCAGACAGGCUUUGCCCGAAGUCGGUGCAGUCGCGGUCCUUCUUGCUCGUGGCGUCUCAAUGGUGCUUGCGCUGCUUGGUGUCUGGCGCGCCGGGGGCUCUUGCGUGCCACUGGACCUCCGCGCUCCUAGACCACGGCUGGAGCAGAUGCUCAGGGAUGCGGAGGUGCGCCUUGCAAUCACAAAACGGGAUUUGCAGCUGACGUGGCUGCAAUGCCCAGCAACAGCGAUUCUCUACAUGGAGGACUUCCAAGACGUGGCAGCAAAGAGCCUUAGUGAAGGCGAGCCAGGCGUUCAAGGGUGGCCAACUUAUGCUCGCGAUGAUGUGGCCUAUGUCCUCUUCACCAGCGGCUCGACGGGGGUACCCAAGGGAGUUCUCCUCACGCACCAGAACGUCUUGGCCUACACUCGCUGGCAUGUGCCCUACUACCAGUUGACUCACGAGGACCGCGUUCCUCACGCCGCCGGGCUGUCCUUCGAUGCCUCCUUGGCGGAGAUUUGGCCAACACUCAGCGUUGGGGGCUGCGUGCUUCCUGUUCCCGAUGACAACUUGCGUCUGCUUCCAGAGGCGCUGUGCAAAUGGUAUGCCGAGGCUGGAGCAACUGUGGCUUUUCUGACCACGCAGCUGGCUGAGGCGGUACUGGCAGAACCUCACUAUCCCUCAAUGAGGCUUCGCACUUUGUUCACGGGCGGCGACAAGCUCCACAUGCGUCCGCCGCACCACGCUCCCUUUCAGCUUGUCAAUAUCUACGGCCCGACGGAAUGCUGCGUGAAUGUCACCAUGUGCCGGGUCUGUCCUGGCGAGGGUUUGCCUUCGAUCGGAGAGCCGGUUCCCAACAUGCAGCUGUACGUGCUUGAUCCGGACAUGAGGCCGCAGCCGUGUGGGCUCGUUGGAGAGCUUUGUGUUGGAGGACCCCAAGUGGCUGCGGGAUAUUUGAAUCGCCUGGACCUGACAGCCGCAAGAUUUGUGUCGAACCCUUUCGAAGGCCGAACAGAUGACCAGGGGCCAACGCGGUGGCCACGUGGACCGGGCUGGAAGGGGCGUGCAGGGCCGGGCCCUUCUUGGGAGGGACCUUCGUGGGUGGUUCGCUCUAUCGAGUCUUCCCCUCUCCACGGUCCGCGCCUCUACAAGACAGGUGACCUGGUACGGUGGGUGGACGACGGAUCUCUGCUUUACUGCGGUCGCAUCGAUUGCCAGGUCAAGAUCAGGGGUCAGCGAAUCGAACUCGGCGAGAUCGAGGCGAAAAUGCUUCAACAUCAGGCCGUUCGGGAGUGCGUCGUAAACUGCCACGAGCUCCCGGAUCACGACAAGAUCCUGGUGGGUUACUGGACACCCAAAGCAGGAGUUUCAGACACUCCCGAUCUUGAGCAGCAUUUGCAAGCAGACUUGCCAGAGUACAUGAUCCCAAAGGUUUUCAUGAAGAUGGACCAGCUGGCUUUGACAGCCAAUGGAAAGGUUGAUCGAAAGGCAUUGCCUCCGCCCAGUCUUGGAGUCGAGGUGCCGUCAGAGGAGUGCGAGCCAGAACAGCUGGAGGCUGAGUUGAGGGGUGUCUUCGCGGUGGUCUUGAGCAAGAAGGUCUCGGAGGUGCCUGUUUCGGCGUCCUUCUUCGCCCUUGGUGGGCAUUCAAUCUCUGUGGGACAGUUGGUAAACCGGAUCCGGAGGGAGCUGCAGCUUAAUGCUGCCAUAGCAGACAUUUACUCCUCGCCGAGUGUGCAGCAAUUGGCUGCCCGCCUGCGCCUGCGUCCUCUACCUGCAGAGGCAGAAAACACCGUGACGCAGGCCGAGGAGCAAAGCGAGACGAGGAGUUUCUCGUACCCCGCUUCAUUUCAGCAGCUCUCACUUCAACGGAUGGCCUCUGUGAGUGCUGCCGCCUCCGCAGCCUUAAAUCUGGCCUUCUGCGGCCAUGUGCGUGGGUCCUUGAAGGUUCGCUGCCUGCAGCAGGCCUUCCGUGCCCUUUGUUGCCGCCACGAUGCACUUCGCAGUGUCUUUUUGGAGCACGAUUGCAAGAUUCUCUCAAUCGCAGAGAGCACGCUGGACUUCCGGCACGUGGAGAUGCCAGGGGCUUCUUCAGGGGUCAUGGGCUUCGAGCUGGAGUGGCUCUUGGACCAGCAGUACGAGACCUUUGACCUCGAAGCUGGGCCUUUGUGCAGGGUCCGUGUCUUCCAGGAAUCGGAGGAGAAUUGGAUCUUGCAUUGGACACUCCACCACGUGAGCGCCGACUUGUGGAGCUACACCAUUCUGCUUCAGGAACUCGAGUUUGCCUACGAGCAUUAUCUGGAGCAUAGUGAGCAUGAGUCUGAAGAGCCUCCUCCUUGGCCGAGCCGCGCCCCGCAGUACAGGGACUACGCCUUGGAGGAGGAGCGCUUCUUGCAGUCCGACGAGGGACAGAGGAGCCGAAGUUACUGGCAUCAGAAGCUCCAAAAGACCCCACCGGUGCUGGAUCUGCCUGGAGCAACAGCAAGCGAACGGAAAGCCACCUUCAAAGGAAGCAAGCUUGACUUCGAGGUGAGUGCCGAGCUCACGGAGUCACUUCGGAGCUGUGGCCAGCGCUGCGAAGCCUCCCUGCACGCAACCCUGCUCACAGCAUGGAUGGUGCUCCUCAGCCGAUAUGGCCAGGAGGAGGACAUCUGUGUCGGCACGCCCAUGGCCUGUCGCACCACCGCCGAAUCUGAAGCGACUGUCGGUUACUUCGCAAAUCCUGUUUGCAUCCGGGCCAUCGUGUCGAACACUUACGAAAAGCUGCUUUGCGAUGUGGCCAGGGAUGUGACAGAUUCCCUUCAGCAUCAACGAGUGGCGCUUGGCCAUGUUUGCGAUGACUUGGGCUUGGAUUUGCGCGCGCUGCUCCAGCCCCUGUUUGUCUUCCAGACAUGCCCGGGUGAGUUAUAUCAAUCUCGACUUCCAUCCUUUUUCAUGGGCCACGAAGGAUCUGAGAUUUCAUUGGGUCCUUUGCGCUUGGAGUCCAUCGGGUUUGGCCAAAAAUUCGCGCAGUUCGACUUGGCAUUGGUAGUGGCACAUGGUCCUCGGGGUGAUCUCAUCGGCAGCUUCCAGUACAGCACCACUUCGUACACACGAGAUGCGGUACUUCGGCUGCAGGCUCAAUACCUGACUAUCUUGCAGUCUAUGGCGAAGGAUCCUUCCCAAGAUGUUGGCCAAGUUCCAUUGUUCUUGGAUGAGGAUCUCGCAGAGCUGCGUCGACGUGUCACAAGCCCAUGGCUCCAGGAUCUUCCCAACGACUCCUUGCCACGACUGGUGGCAUCGCGCGCUGCAGAGAACCCCAGCGCCUUCGCGGUUGUGAGCCCGCAAGGGACCUACACCUUCGGCGAGGUCUUGCGCCGGGCACAGCUCUUGGCAACGGCUCUACUCGAGGAAGCGUCCUUCGGCGCGAGCUCGAGUUCGGAGCGGCAAAGGCAGGGUAGUUGGCAGGGCCGGCCAGACCGUUCCGAGGGCUGUUCCGGCGGCCGGGAGCUUUCGGGCCUCCUUAGCUGCCGUGUUCCCUUGGUAGAGGAGGCCGAGGCGGCUGAGGGCUCUCUCUCUCUCAGCUCCGUGCAAGAUGGCAACGGUUCUAACUUCUUAGUCGGUUUGAUGGUGAGCCCUGGACUUUGGAUGGUGGCGGGCCCACUGGGCUGCUGGAUGGCUGGACGGGGCUACUUCGCUUUGGACUCCUCGCACCCGACGGAGCGCAUCCAGCAAAUGACCCAGGAUGCGCACCCCCAGUGCAUCCUUUGCGAGCGCCGCGCGCAGUCCGUGGCCAACUCCUUAGGCUGGCCCGUCCUGGUGAUCGAGGAGCUGCAGAGCAGGCGCAGCGAGCCCGGUACCUUGUGGCCCUACUUGGAAGGCGACGGCCAGGCACUUCUCGUUUUCACCAGCGGCUCGACUGGUCGUCCUAAAGGUGUUUUGCUCUCCAUGCGGGCCGUGCUUGCCCACGUCUUGUUCAGUAGCCAACACUUCGGCUUCAAAGCAGGGCAGGCGACGCUGCAGCACACGUCAUGGACUUUCGAUGCGCCGAUCUGCGAGAUCUGGCCGGCACUAGUGUCCGGGGCAACGGUCGUGAUCAGCAAGAGGGAUGGCUCGAAGGACUUUCAGUAUCUCGCUUCCCUGGUUGAUGAGCAGCGGGUCAGCCACGCUCUCUUCGUACCCUCUUUGCUGGCGGAGAUUUUGGAGCACCAGGCGCUGCCGCGAAGCCUGCGAUCCCUCGUCGUGGUGGGCGAGGCCUGCUCUUUGAGCCUGGCGCGACGGAUCUUGGAGGCGCCACUCUCUUUGAACAACUUCUACGGUCCUUCGGAAGCCGGCAUCGGGGCCACCAUCUACGAGGUGGACAAGAUUGGUGCGGUCCCAAACCAUGUGCAAAGCCUGCCAAUCGGACGGCCUGUCUCCUGGCACCAGGUGAUCUUGCUUGACCCACAGUUGCGCCCUGCGCUGGGAGGCGUGGGCCAAAUCGGAAUCCUUGGAGAGGGCUUGGCAAGUGGAUACCUUCGUUUGCCCCAAGAGACGAAGACGCGCUUCAUCAAGACUCCCGAGGCCAUCCGUGAGGUUCUUCCCCAAUGCGGUCCGAUUACGUACCUGACGGGGGAUGUUGGGCGCUACUGCCAGGAUGACAUUCUCGAGUUCGUGGGACGCCUGGACAGUCAGGUGAAGCUGCGCGGCCAGCGCGUGGAGCUCGGCGAGAUCGAGGCGGCGCUUUUGUCGGCCAAGGCCGUCACCGAGGCAGUGGCGCUGGUACAUGGGGACCGGCUCAUCGGAUACUUCUCGACCUUGCAGGGUGUGGAGGAAGGUGAUGCGGUCGCGCAGUGCAUGGACAAAACCCGGCAGCGGUUGCCAAGGUACAUGUGGCCUGAGCUGGUCCAUGUCAAGGAAUGGCCCAGGGGCCGCACGGGCAAGGUGGACCGCAAGGCAUUACCGGUGCCGACGAUAUGCGUGCAGGAUGCGGUUCCCCCAAGGUCUUCCCUGGAAAAGAAGAUCCUGGAGAUCUUUUGCCAGGCAUUGAGGCGAGACCCGGCGCUCACUUCCGUCCACUCGGACUUCUUUACGUUGGGGGGCACAUCUCUCAAAGCUGCAGCUUUGCUGUCUGCUUUGAGAGCUCAGGUGCCGGAGGCGGUGGCACUCCAGUUCGACGAGCUCUAUGCUCAUCCGGACGUGGCCAGCCUGGCCCAAGUGCUUUCUGGCAGCCGCCAGGAGAUUCUCCUGAGUCCGGCUCCAGUCGAAGGGCUACUGCCGGCUUCCUUGGGCCAGGAGCAUAUGCUUGUGUUGCAGGAGUUGCACGAGGGCAGCUCGGCCUACAACUCACCGCUGAUCCUGAAGUUGGAGGGAGCCUGUAACCGCUCUGCGCUGUCUGCUGCGCUGGACCGGGUCAUUGCGAGGCACGACGUCUUGCGGAGCAACCUCGUGCGAGACACGAUCGACGGUGAGCCUGCAGUCGUCCAGGUGACCACUCCUGCAGCUGAAUUUCAGUGCGACAUGGAGUUCUGGGACAUCCCUGAUGACACUGCACAGCAGCCUCAGCGACGCCGGCUUCGACGCAGUCACACGCUGGGACCCAGCCGGCAUGUCGGAGCUGCUGGGCUGGGAGCCCCUGGAGCCCCUGGAGAGCAGCGAGCGAGAAGUGCGAGCUCUUUCCAACUGAGCUCAUGGCCGGCUUCUCACAGAAACGCCCGAGACAUCCGACUCGAGAGAUCGGCCUUUUCAGGUUGGGCAUCGGCACGGACCGUCCUGGCUCAGGCUCUGAGCUGCUUCGAGUCCCAGGGGGUGCAGAUGGUGUGGAUUUUCCCCUUCCAUACAUACUCUAGAUGCUCUUAA